CCCCUCCCAUAUCUGUACCAGGAUCAGGGGGACUGUAAUGCUUUCUCAAGAUCCCCAGGACUGUGAGUCACCUUGGUACCACUGGCCUCUGGCAAGAGGGAAUCUUUCUUGUGGUAGCUGGGUGUCAGCUCCCUGACAUUGCCAACCCUUCAGCCACUCAAGCACUGUCUUUUGGGCUCUGCCAGACCUUCCUUCACCUUGAGGAAUCUAUAGAUACACCCUAGCCCCCGAACUCCCUCUAAAAGUGUUUCCUGCUGGCUCCAGCCCUUCUCACUACACACUCACAGAAAUUACCAGGUUUGCUGUCCCCAAAGGGAAAAGUGUACACAUCAGCUUGUUUGAUUCAGCUGAGGAUUCAAACUUUGCUUAAUACCACAGCAAUGAGAUGUAUUUAUAAUAAAAACAAGAAUAAGUUUAUUAACAAAGAACAGAGAUUCAAAGAUUCAAAUGAGUACUGAAUAAGAAUAUUGGAAGUAGAAUGGUUUAAUAUAAAACAAAUGUAUAACACACUUUUUAGAUGCUAAAGUUUAACUUUAACAGAUUACAAUCCUUGCCUAAAGUGGUUUCUCCUCUAAUCCUUUUCUUCCAGCAUCACCAACCCACAUGGCUGGGAUCCACCAUUCAUGGAAGCAAAAAGCUCCAUCCAUUUUUCUCUCUCAGUGAUGGAUAAUCAGGGUGCUGUCCCUGACCCGACAGGAGAUUAGACUGUUAUGUGCCACAGGAAAGAACAGGAGGGACUGAAGUGCACCAGUGUCCAAGGUCCCUGCAAUGGCAGGGAAAUGAUUGAGAUACACCUGGAUAACCCCAGCAAGUGACCUGCAUCCACUUGCUUAAGAGGCAGUUAAACAAACCCCAAGGUUACUGCCAGUCUGACCCAGGGGCAUAGCAUGGAUGGGCCUGUGUGGGACACAGGUCAACCCACUUAGCAUCCAGGGACACUCAAAUCAGAGCUGGAGUCCCCCGAAUCCAGAGGUUGGGACCCCAACCCUAGUUCAGUGUCUGUCCGGUGUCUGCCCAGCUGCGUCCCUCACCUGCCAGUGUUGAGCGUUGCUGCCGUGAUCUCCAGCCCCAGUGCCUGGGAUGUGCCUUGUGGGGGCAGGUCUGGGUGGGACUAGUGCUGGGGCCGGAGACUGGGGCAGCAGCACAUGGUGGCGGCAGGAAAGGGACGCAGCUGGUCAGACGGACACUGAGCCGGGUUGGGAGGGCUGGGCAGAGGUAGAGCCCUGGCAGGGCCCCCCUCCAUCCCAUGGGUGUGCCCUGCAGCCUUUGUGCCCUGGGCAGCCUCAUCUUCGGGUUCCUGCUGAGCAGUAAGGCCAGUUGGAGGGGGUGGGGGAGGCGGGUCCCCCUCCCUCCUGCCUUCCCUCCUCCCACUCCCAUCAUUGCCCACCUCCCCAAAAGUUGAGGCCCACCCAGUUUUCCUGUCCUAGCUACGCCCCUGGUCUGACCUGGGAGAAAAUUCCUUCUCGAUCUCACAUAUGGCGAUCAGUUAGACUCUGAGCAUGUGAGCAAGAACCAGCCAGACAAGCAGCUGAGAGAGAGAAUGCUCAGUGCCACCUUAAGGCCCUGACCCUCCCCACCCAAUGUCCCAUCUCUAACUCUGGCAAUCUCUGAUGUUUCAGAGGAAGGAAAUUAAAAGAACCCACCCCGAAUACACUGAGGGAAAAAUCCCUUCCAGUCCCCUGCAGGGUGGCCAGCUGAAACCCUGAAGCAUGCUUUUAGGAACAUAAGACACAAACUGGAAGUGAGUCCCAGGCCACUAGGGCUGUUGAGCCCUGCCCCCUACCAUCACAAGUGUUAAGGGACAAGAAGAUUUGUCAUUCCCUGGGACCUGUUGCACCAUUAAUGCCUGUCAUUGUCCAGAAAAGGUGUGAAGGCGGAGUUCCUGACAGAGAGUUCUUUGGAGAUUCCAAAAGCUGGGCUGAUGGAGAAUGGAAAAGACAUGCCUCCCCCAUCUCCACCUCCAGCAGGUUUUAGCACAGGAGUUUGUAUCCAGGAAACCCUGCUUGGCAAACUGUCUGCCACCAGCCACCACUGUACAAACACAUACCUAUAUUUAGACAGAGAUCACUCCCUUCUGGGGAUUAGGAGCUAGCAGCACCUUUGAAACACUUCUCCACCCACAGAGCACGGGGGAAGCCAGAGCAACUAAACCUCAAGAAGCCUACACCAGCACCAGGAAGAGCCUUCCUUUCACUGUUUUUGUUUCUGACAGGAAUAAUGCUGUUAAAAGAAGGGAUUUUCAGCUGAGAGGAAAUGGAGACUGGAGACUAUACACAACGGUGUUUUCAGAAGGGGAAGAGACACUGCAAACAACAUCUAUUGGAGAGCCUGUUUGGGAAGGACUGAGGGUAUGUUUCCCAGAAUGAUGAAGAAGUGGAAAAAAAAUUUUUUGGAGGAUUGUUACAACAAUCAAGCUGAAUAAAAGCAUCCUAACUGACCCAAUUCUUUGACCUUCAAGAGACUUUCUUGCAUGUUCGUAUGAUUUGCAUUGUAAGUGCACCAUGGGCUUCUGCUUCAGUAAAUCCAAUACUCCAGUAUUCGUCUUACAGAAUGAUCCAAAAGUGGGGAAUGUUGAAGAGGAUUAUUUGCGACAAAAUAGUGAAGAAAUCCAUGUUGAAGUCAGGACUCACUUAUUCCAAAAUACAGAAAAAAUUAAGUUUGAAAAAACAGAAAAUGGCAUUAGAAAUAAUGCAGAAACUCACACGGACUCUUAUUCUGAUAAUGCAUUGCACUCUAUGACUUAUGUUAAAGAAACUGAUGGUUUAGAAAUGACAGAUGUGGAAUGAGGUUUGAUGAGAUAAUUCAGGACUUGAUCCAACCUGAACAAAUGAAUAUAGCAUAAAAAUAUUCUAUUUAGUCUACCAAAUAACAAAUAAAAACAAAAUAAUGUUUAAUAGCUGAGUCAAAUAACCAUAAUCAAAUAUAUUUUCGAUUUCAAGAUCUAUUAUUUGGCAAUCUUUGGAGUAAUUUUUACCAUUGUUGAA